AAACAAGUCUAAGUGAACGCGAGGAGCCACUCGCUUCCGACCUCUGCCAUGCCGGGACGCCUCCGUUUGCUGCUCACGCUAACCACCCUCAAUGGCGCCUCGACUCUGCGCCCGGUGGCACUCUACACGUCGCCCGUCUGCCUCCAGCACGACCCUGGGCUCCUCCGGUUCGGUGGCCAUCCAGAGUCGCCCGCACGUCUCGAGGGGCUGCUUGCUGCGAUGCGUGGCUGGGUGCGUGAGCUCGGGGAGAAUCUGAGCGUUCGCCAGCCCGAAGCUGACGUCACGAGCGAGCAGCUGCUUCGGGUGCACUCGGAGGCCCAUAUUCGGCGCGUGAGCGACGCCUGCACGCGUGCCAAGCGAUUCCGACUCCCGAUGGUUAUCGAUGGGGACACCAUCGCAAGCCCUGGCACGGGUGCUGCCGCCGCGCGAGCGGCAGGGCUGGUGGUCGCCGCUGUCGACGACAUGUACAUGUACAUGUGCAUGGGCAUGGGCGGCGCGCAGGCAGCCGGCGAGCCCAGGCGCGCCUUUGUGAUGGUGCGGCCUCCCGGCCACCACGCCGAGCCAGAGCGGCCGAUGGGCUUCUGCGUGUUCAACAACGUCAUGGUUGGCGUCGCACACGCGCGCGUCGCGCACGACGUGCAGCGCAUCGCCGUCCUCGAUUUUGACGUGCACCACGGGAACGGCGACGCCGCAUGCGCCUGGUCCGACCCGGACGUGCUGUACGCCUCGAGCCACCAGUCGCCGUGCUACCCCGGGACAGGCGAUCGCACUCCGGCACCACGCGCAGCACGCCGCGCCGCCGCCGGGCGCGCGGGCCGCCACGGAGGCAUCGUAAACUGCCCGCUGCCCCCGGGCUCCGGCUCGGCGGAGUUCCGCAGCGCGUGGCGCGAGACGCUGCUGCCCGCGGUCUGCAGCUUUGCGCCCGACGCGGUCUUCAUCAGCGCGGGCUUCGACGCGCACGCGGAGGACCCGCUCGCGGGCCUCUCGUGCAACGACGACGAUUUUGCGUGGGUGCAACGCUGCGGGCCGCGUAGUCCGCCCGCCCGUAGCGUCGGCUCCCGUGCACGACGUGCCAAUCAACCGGUAGGUCACGGCGGCGAUGGUGGCGGCGGUUGGCAGCGGCGGCGCGGUGCCCAUCAUCAGCGUUCUGGAGGGCGGCUAUAACGUCAAUGCGCUCUGCCGCGCGGUUCGACGGCACCUCGGCGCGCUCGCGGAGGAAGAGGCGCCAGUAUAGACAAGCGAGACGUGUGGCGGCUCUAGACGCCGCGCCGGCCCGUGCGAUUUUUUGUGCAAGGUUCUUUCUACGUGCG